ACUAGCGGCCAUUUUGGAGAUUCGAAAGAAGAAGAGCGAAUGCUACAAAAAGUUAUGCACCGCAGUAAAAAAAGUUGCACUCAAAAUUAAAUACAAAAGUAUCGUUUAAAAUCCGAUGUGAUGAGAAUGCUGACCCCAAGCAGCCAGAUUGCUUCGAUCCGAAAUCUAUAACAACGACAAUUACCGCUAGCGCCAGCAGGAGCAGGAGCAGCAGCAGCAGUUGAAUUCGAUACCAGCGCCAUGGAUCCAAACUCCAGCCCAUGGUCGUAUGCCUACAACCGCAUUGUGCCCGCCAGUGCCGGCAGCUCAGGCGGCACCGCCGACGACUUCCAGCACCCGCAUUUGGCCACCAUUACGGCGGCGAGUAUUGCCAGUUUUAAUGCAGCGGCGGCUAGCGGUGGCAGUUUCGUUCCACCGUCGCCAAUUGGCGGAUAUAAUCCAGUAUUCCAGCAGAUAUACCACCAUGCAGCGGCAGCCAGUGUUCAGCCCAAGCCCGCCCACUAUGCCUCGUCGGCGGUGAGCACGCCGCACCGCCAACUGCAGCUGCCCAGUUCGCUGGACAAGCAGCUCACCACGUUCCAGAACCAGGCAGCGGUAUCGGCGGCAGCAGCUGCCGUGGCCAAUAAUGUGGCCUCGAAUUAUUAUGGCGAGAAUUCGUCAUCGAGCGGAGCAUCACCAUCGCCGACGACAGUGGCCCUAACGUCCACUUCGCUCACCUGGAACACGCCGAACAUGAUAUCCAACACCUUCCUGGCGAUGCAGCAGCAGCAGGCCCAACAACAACAGCAACAGGCCCAGCAGCAGCAACAACAACAGCAGCAGGCCCAACAGCAGGCUCAGCAGCAACUCAAUCUGGUGGCCGAUAAAGUGCUGAUUAAGCAGGAAAAGCAUAUUAAAGCCUACAACGAUUCAAUUCAUCUAAUUCAUCUGCAACAACAACAACAACAACAACAACAGCAGCAGCAAGUGGCAGCCCAACAACAACAACAGUUGCAACAACUGCAACAGGAGGUAGCUGGGGAUACGGAAAUGGAAACGGACACCUAUUACACGAUCGAUGGGCGAAAGGUGAAGGUCACACGGAAAGAUGGCCAGUCAUAUCGUGCCACCAUUGUCGAGCAGCCGAGCGAUAGUCCGGUGGCCGUUGUUCCCACUGCUGCAUCCUAUCCGGUGCAGUAUGCUAGUCCGGCUCUCAGCUCGGCGGCCGGUUCGCCAAUCACGAAUUUACAUGCCGUGGGCGUGGUCAGCACGCCGCAGGCCCAGGUUAUCGUCUACAAGACGGCAUCGCCAGUACAGAGGCGACCAGAAACAGGCGCUGGUUCGUCUGCCGCCCCGCCCACCACGGUGGCCUAUUCAUCUGUGAUACAAAGCACCCUGCAGCAACACCCCCACCCCCACCCCCACCCACAGCAGCAGCAGCAGCAGAAUCUCUGCUGGACGACAAAGCUGGAAGAGGGAUCGGGUGGUGGAGCGGCGGCCGUUCAAGAGGACAUUAAGAAUGUGCUCCAGCUGCAGGUGAAGCAGGAACAGCGCCAGCUAGAUUAUGGCAGCGAGACCGCAUCCACAGUGGAGACUGGCGGUGAGAAUCUGGUAUUCAAUCUGCCGCCGGGGCUCGAGAUCAAGCAAACCUUUUACACCACCGGAGUGGUCGAUGGGGAGCAACUGCAACUGCAGGAGCAGUCUCAGUCCCAGACCCAGACCCAUACGGGGCGACGGCAGCAUGUGGUGGCCAACAUGAUAGCAGCGGCCGGCAACUUAACGUCACAGAUUCAAGUAGUGCCCAAGGAGGAGGUGAAGCCGCCGCCAAAGCCGGCGAAGACACCACGCAAGCGGCAGCCCAAGAAGACGCUCAUACCGACCAGCAGCGACUAUGGCAGCGUACGAAGUCCCCAGGAGCCGCAACAUCACCAGCUGCAGCAGCAGCAACAACAGCAGGCGCAACAGCAGCAGCAGCAGCACAAUCAGCAGCAACAGCAACAGAAUACGUACUACGACUUCAACAGCAAGUGGAACACGCCCCUCAAGACGGAAAACAAUGCGGCGUCGGUUUCGCCAGCGGCCACCAUCAACAUACCCACAUAUCCGCAGCAGAGCCAGCAGCAACAGCACCAGCAGCAACAACAGCAGCAGCAGCAGGCGGCAGCCCAGCAGCAACACCUGCCCCAGCCGGCCCAUCUGCAGUCGUCCCAGGCCCAGUCGCACCUGACCCAGUUGGCGCAAUACUAUCCAGCCUUCCCCCAGCCCAUCGCCUCCCAGUACACGGCCUGUAUGCAGCAGCAGCAGCAGCAGGCCCAGCAGCAACAGGCGCAACAACAGCAACAGCAGCAGCAAGCCGCCUACACGCAACAGCAGCACCAGCAAGCCUAUUCCCAGCAGCAAGCCCAACAGCAGGCGCAGCAACAGCGCCAGGAGAAGACCGAACAGCAGGAGGAGGAGGCGUCGGCAGCUGCGGCGGCUGCUGCUGCAGCGGCGGCCAGCAACAAGGUGAUCGUGCCCAAUAUCGAGGAGGAGCUGGACUUUCUGGCGGACACGAGCAGUACCCCCAAGCAGGGGUAUGCCAAUUCAAUCUCCAGCAAUGGACGGGGCACCAACUCCUCCACCAAUAACACGAACUUUGGUAUACGGAAUCCAAACAAAACGCCAUCGCCGGAACCGCCAUGCCCCCAGAACGGACAUGGUCACGGUACAGUACCCACGCCAUCAACGCCUGCUGCUAGUGCACCCGCCGCCGCUGCUUACAGUCCCGCUGCCCCGAAGCCCGUUAGCGUGGGCACACAAAUUGGGGAGAAGAAGACCCAGUUCAUGGACAGCUAUCUGAAGUUUCUGCAGGGCGAGCGGGACGACGAUCCGCCGCCGGUUGUGAAGCCAUCCAGAAAGUUGAACUACCCGAGGGCGCCGUACAAACGGAAAGGUGGCAAGGGAGCUGGGAGCGGUGGUGACGAACCGGCCACAUCACAGGCCCCCCAGUCGGCGGUAGAGGCGGGCCAUCCGGGCGAUGGCCUUACAGGACUCGUGGGCGAUGAUGGACAUCGCAUCAAAAUACUCUCGCAGACGCAGAUUCUACCGAAGAAGCGUCCGCACGCCCAGAUGGUGGCUGCUGCUGCUGCCGCGGAAUCAGCACCUUCGUCCUCGUCCUCUGUCAUCCAACAGCCGGGGGAUCAGGCCGCCUUCCGGCCAUAUGCCCAGCAACAGCAACAGCAGCAACAACAACAACAACAACAGCAGCAGCAACAGAUGAGCGGCCAGCACUUUGUCCAGCAGCAUUGCGCUCAAUUGGCAGCCGGUCAAGACCCGUUGAGUGUGCCGCCGCGACGGGAGCAAUGCUCCCGCAAGGCCAAGCAGAGCAGCAUGCACGCCAUGCUACUUAAUUCCAGUGCCGCCGUUGGCGAUGGUGGAACCGUUAAUGAGCAGGACGAGUUCACCGACUCGGACACGGAUCCAGUGUGGACUCCGCAAGAGGAAGACAGCGAUGAUGCCGGCAAGGGUUAUGGGAAGCGCAAGCUGGCCCGCCGCUCGAAGGGCACACCCCGCAAGAACACCUACGACCAUCCCCCCCAGCAAAUGCAACAACCGCCGCAGCAACACCAUCAAUUGCAACAGAUGCAGCAGGUGGCCCAGCAACAGCAGCAGCAGCACCAUCAGCAACAGCAGCAGCAGCAGGUGCAACAGCUUGGUGACACUGGCUACAAUCCGCAGCAGAAUCUGGCCGGCGUGGGGGAUGUGGGCUAUGCCAGUGCAUCAUCGGGAACCUCAGCCAACUCGGAGAACUUUAAAACUGGGGACUUUAUUGUUUUGCGAUCGGAUCUGGUUAAUGAUUGGCCCACCAUCUGGCAAGUGGACUCGAAAUGUAUCUUGCAGAAAUACGAGCCUUUCCGACAAAACGGAAAAACCUUUUAUCACAAUAUGUCAAAGUACGCAUCUUGGAAUCUCGAAACUAAGAAACUCUACCUCAAAGCGCCGGUGCGCAUGCAGCUACAUUCCCACACCGAAACGAUUGUGGAGUUUAUGCGUUCGGAGCUGCUGGCCGAUGACACUGAGCAGUUCAUCGAGAAGAUCAUGGAGGACUAUCUGUCGUACAGGGACAACUUUGAGAUAUAUAUUCAGACCAUGAUCUCGCAGGCCCUCGAUCCCAGUUUCUUUUCCGAAAUUACGCGCGAAAAGGAUGACUACUUUUUGGGUAGCGUGCGGGUCGUGGACACCAUUAUGGAGAAUUGUAAGCGUAAACUACUUGCCAUCACUCCUUGGACACGGAGUACCAUCUCCUCCAUUGAGACCUGGCCCAAGUGCCAUGUUUUUUCCGAGUGGGAACAGAACAACCUGACCCAAAAGAACUGUGCCGGAUGUCAUCAGCCAGGCAUUGCAGUGCGAUUUUUACUUUUUGGAGAACCAUAUAAUCCCAACACCAUGCAGACUAUACCGGUCGAUCCGCGUAUUGUUUACGAAAAGGACAUUGUCUUAUGCCGCAUCUGUGCUGCGCGAGCCGAUCUCUUCCACAAGAUUGCCCACGAGAAGUACAAUCUUUUCAUCAACUGUUCCCAGAGGGUCACGGAGCAGCAGCAACAGUUCCCCGGAAAGACCUCUACUGAGAUUCUCAAUGAUCUACUGGCUGAGCACAACUGGAUCGAUGAGCUCUUCCGCAAUAUGCGAAAUUGUUGGGCCGAGGUUGAGAGCCUGGAGCGCCAGAAGCGUUUCCGCGAAGUAAUGCAGUAAAAGUCAAAAGUCUCCUUCAUCAUGAGUUAUUAUAAUCCACAUUGACCCUUCAUUUUGAAUCCAAGUGCUGGACAUAAGGAAAUUAAACGCCAAGCCCACGUAUCGCUGCAAUAAACUCAAUGAGUUGUUAUUUUAUUAAAAAAUCAGAUGACACGCAAAUGCUUAGUUUUUAGCGAAAGACACAUAUUGUACUAAUUAGGCCUUAAGAUGAAGUCUAUUCUUGGACUGUGCAUAAUGCAUGCCAUGUAAAUAGCUAUACAUUUAGCUAUAGCCCCUCAUUAUAUCAAAUAUGAAAUUUGAAGUACUAUACUACCUUAUGCAGAGUUAUUGAUCAUAUUGCUUGCAACAUUCUUUUUCAAAACGAUUAAAUUAUGAAUUGUUUUACAAAAUCUGUUGAAAUGGGGCUUCAUCCCAUUAAAAUACACCCGCAAACAAUCAAAUUGUGGUUUGGUUGACAAACCCGUAGAGUGUACAUCGUAA